UUCGUUUGAAAUAAUGAUUUAACAUGCCACGUCAGCUUACCAUUACACCGUUAAUGAUAAUUAACGCUCAGUGACUAAAAUGUUGCAACACGAUAAUGUAAGUGACUAAAACGUAACAUUUCAAACAUAAGUAACUAAAAUGUAACCUAAAAAAAAUAAAAGUGACUAUUUUUAUAGUUUAACCUUUUAUUUAAUAAGCAAAAGAAAAAUAAUAUAUCGCGUCAUAAUCACCAUGAUCAAUAAAAUCCAUAAAAGAAAUGAAAGGCCGCCCUUCCAUCUGUGUGUGUUUGCCACUCUUAUUUUCCAUUAAUGGAUAACAUGGAGUCCACCAAGUUAGAAGAAAUAGCCUUCGACGGCGGUCCUCCUGUUCUUCGCAUAUACAAAGAUGGGCGCGUCGAGAGGCUUGUCGGCACACAGAUCGACGUCCCACCAGGGAUCGAUCCCAAAACAAACGUCGAAUCCAAAGAUGCCGUGUAUUCACAAGAAACCGCCCAAUACCUCCGACUUUACAUCCCUAAAAACUCCACUUUCUCCUCCGCCCAAAAGCUCCCACUUCUCGUCUACUUUCAUGGCGGAGCAUUUUUCACAUGGACCGCCUCCUCUCCUAUGUACCAUACUUACUUAAACUCCUUAGUUGCAGAAGCCAACGUUAUCGCCGUCUCGGUUGAUUACAGGCGAGCCCCUGAGCACCCUAUCCCUAUUGCAUACCAUGAUUCAUGGGAUGCCCUUAAAUGGGUCGCCUCCCAUUACGGCGGAAACGGCCAUGAAAAGUGGUUGAACCGUCAUGUUGAUUUCAACAAAGUUUAUUUAUCAGGUGAUAGCGCAGGUGCCAACAUAGCGCACCACAUGGCCAUUAGAAUCGGCAAAGAAAAGCUGGACGGAAUAAACCUUGCGGGCAUUAUGUUAAUACAUCCAUAUUUUUGGGGCAAAGAAGCAGUAGGUGACGAGACCAAGGACCCAGAUAAAAGGGCCAAAAUAGAAAGACUUUGGCGUUUGGUAUCUCCGACGACGAGUGGAGCCGACGAUCCAUGGAUCAAUCCCUUUAAAGAUCAAAGCUUGGCUAGCUUGGCGAGCCUGGUUUGCAGCAGGGUGCUUGUCUGCGUUGCUGAAAAGGAUUUGUUCAGACACAGGGGGUGGUACUACUGCGAGAGGUUGAAGAAGAUUGGAUGGAAAGGUGAAGUGGAGAUGAUGGAGAGCAAAGGAGAAGACCAUGUAUUCCAUCUGUUAGAACCGACUUGCGAUAGUGCCACGGCUAAGCUGAAGAAGGUUGCUGCUUUCAUGAACCAGGGUCCAUGAUAAGGUUUAGUAGUAGUAGACUUGGGUUCGUAUUCAGUUCUAGUACUUUGUUAUUAUUGUUGUAGUUGAUGAUGAUUUUCAAUGAAAGUGUCGGUAUUUGGUUACCUAAAGAUAUGAAAUCAGUACUGCCAAAAAAUAUUCAGUAUAAUAUUAUAUUACGUAUCUUCUUCAGAA